AUGAAUUCUUUAAUAAUAGUAUUUAUACUAUUAUAAAUUCCUUUUUUGGUUAAUUGUCUUAUCUAUGAACCUGAUCAACUUAUUUUUGCAUCUGCAUAUGAUGAAGAUUAAUUUAAAGAUAUUUGGGAUUUAAGUCUAACUAGAAAUUAAGACUUUGAUGAUGUAUAAACUUAUGCUUAUGGGUUUUGGUUGAAAUACUCAUUUAUAUAUCCAAAAUAAUUAGAAGAAUUAAAAGAUUGGCAUUCAAUUAGUAGAUUGACUACUCGAUAGAAUCAUACAGAUUAUUAAAAUCCUUUAGAUAGAACUUUAUCAGUCUGGUUGAGUAAAGAUUUUUAUCAUUUCACUACUUAUACUAAUGAAUACCCAGAGAAAUUUUAUAAUGCUAAAUAUACUAAAGAAUAGUUAGAUGGUAAAUGGACUUUUAUAUACUUUGGAUAUUCUUAUUAAGAAUGUAUAGAAAUAUAAUAAACUAGUUUUGGCAAGAGGAUAUUUAUUUUUAGAAGAAAAUAAUUUUGAAGAAGCACUCAUUCCAGCUAAACAUUAUAGAUUAGAUUUCCUUAGAUUUUUGAUUAAACGAGAGUUCAAUAAUUAUGCUUUUAAUGGUCUCUAUUCUAAUAUAUUUCUUCUAAUAAAUGAGCAAUAUCCCAUAAAUGCUGAAGAAUUAAAAGAAUUUGCUUAUGAAUAAUAUCCGUUAUUAUCCAAUUUAAAUCAAAUAUUUUAACAAUAAACACUUUUAGAACAUCAAGAGAAUACUUUUUAUGAUAAACAAGCAUUUGAAUUAUUUGAGUUUUAGAAUAUUGACCCAUUAUAAUAUUCAAUUUCAGGAUGGUUAAAGUUUAGUAUUCCUAUUGAAUUUAAAGAUCACAAUUUAAUUCUAAGGUUAAGUCAUUCAAAAGAGUUCAACGAAGAUUAUUUUGAUAAAAUAUUUUAUCUUAUCUCCAAUGAUCAAGGUUAUUAAUUUGAAAGUUAUAAUUGUUAAGAUAAAUGCAAUAUGAUAAAUUGGAGUAUACAAUCAGAAAAUUAAGAAAAGCUUUGGCAUUUUAUUUAUAUAGCAUACAAUUAAAAACUAAAGAAGAUUUUCUAAUUUUGGAAAUUUGAAGAAAAAGCAUUUGUUGUUCAUCAUGAUUAAAUAUAUCAUUAUUAACUUCAUGGAAUUUAUAUCAAUUUAUAAAAAGAUGAAUAUGAUCCUGGGUUUAAUGGAUAAUUAAAGAGAUGGACCUUCAAUUAUGGUAAUGGAGCAUAUUAAGAAAAUGGUUUUGAAGAUGAUUAAAUACUUCAAGCAUAAAUAGGAUUAAUAGAUUUUAUUUAUCUUAAUAAGACUGAAACUUGGAAAUUUUCACAAAGUACUUUGAGGUUAGAUUUCAACUCUAAUUAAGAUUUAUAAGAAAAUGAAAUUGAUCCUACUAAAUUAGAUAUUAAUUCUUUUGAAUAUGGAUAUGGAUUUUGGAUGAGAUUUCUUUAUAAUGCUGAAUCUAAGAUUAAUUCAUUAACAAAUUAAACUUUAGGUUUAUCAAGACUUGGAACAACUUAAUAAUACAAAUAAAAUAAUAAUCUUGGGGAAAGCGCUAUAUCUGUUUAUCUAAACACUAAUUAAAUUCAAUUUGAAUCAUAUAGUGUUUUAGAUAAAGAAUCAAAAUAAUUUUAUAUUAAUAACUAUUUAGAUAAUGAGUGGCUAUAUCUGUAUACUGGUUAUAAGAGAAUCUAUAAAGAAUAAGGUGUUUUUCUUGGAUGCAUAUAUAGUACUAAAGGAGUAAACAAAUGCACAUAAAGUUAAAAUGAUAUAGUUCAUUUUUUAAUUGACAACUAUUUAUUUUUCUCAAUUGGUUCUGUUGGAUCUAGAUUUUAAAAUAUUAAACAUUUUAAUGGAGAUAUUUAAGAUACAAGUUUAUAUUUUGGUAAAGAUAGUAUUAUACCAAAAUUUAAUAAACUAAAAGUAUUUCCUGAAAAUCUUUUAUCUUAAAAUUGGAUUUUUAAGCAACUUGAAUAAUUUUCGAAUGAUCGCCUAAAUAAAAUGCCAUCUGAGUAUAAAUUAAAUGAUUUUGUCUCAGAAUAUGGAGUAUAAUUAUGGUUUAAAAGCAUUGGAAAAACAAAUAAUGAAUUUUAAUUUAUAUUUUUGUUAUCAACAAAUGAAUAUAGAGAUUAAAUUACAAAACCUGGAGAUAUAACUUUGGGAGUUAAAAUGGAUUAAAAUAAUAAUUUAUAUUUUUUAAGUUAUUCUUUUGAUAAGUAGGAUUAUUUAUAAUUAUUGGAGAGAAAAAUAGAAAUUGAAAAUGAAUAAGAUAAAAAAUAAUGGACAUAUAUAUAUUUUGGACACAAGAAACAUAUAUGUUUAUAUUUCAUUUAAACUAAAACUAAAAGAUAAAAAAAUUCAUUUGAAUGUUUCCAUCAUGCUUCAAAAUAUUUCUUAGUAUAUAAAGGAUUUGAUGGUUUAGAAAAUGAUUUAUAUGGAGAUAUAGAUUAUUUUAAAAUUGAUUUUGGAUUAGGAUCAUUUCAAUCAUAAUUUCAUUAUUUAAAUGAAGCAUUUAAAUAAGGUUUGUAGCUAUUUCCAACUUCAUUUGAGUGGAAAGGUUAAUUUAAUAAUAUAAUCAAUAUAGCAUCUAAAAAAUAAGGAUUCUAGUAAGUAUUUACUUCUAAUUCUAAAAUUAGUAUGGAUGGCUAAAGAAAUUAUGGAUAUGGUUUUUGGUCAAGAUAUUUAAAAGAAUUUCCAGAAUUAGUUAAAAAAGAAGAUGAAGAAUAAUUUAUAUCUAUAUCAAGUUUAUUUUGCAUAUAAACUUAAAACAAAGAACUUGAAAUUCUCUCUUUAUAUUUAAGUUAAGAUAAAAAGGAAUACAAAGUUAAAGUUUAUGAUUAAAUAACACAUAAAUAUCAAAUAGGAACAUUUAAAUUAUUAAACUAAUAAGUGAAUGUUUGGAAUUAUAUUUAUUUAAGUUAUAAUGCUGAUAAAUAAUAAGUAGUUGGAUUUAUUCAUCAUUAAAAGGAAAAGAGAGUCAUAAGGAUUAUUCUUAAGAACAUAUCUCAUAAAAGCAUUAAUGGAAAAGUGAAUUUCAAUUUAGGAAAAUUUGUAAAUAUUCAAAAAUAUAUAUUAGUUAAAUUAUGAAGGAUUUAAUGGUCAGAUUAGUAAUCUCAUAAUUAGAUUUGAUGGAAAUGCAAUUAUAGAUGAUGUUUAGCAAUUUUAGAUUUUAGUUGAUCAAUCUAGAUAAAUAGAAUCUGAUGAAUAGUUGUAAUCAUAUAAAUUCAUUACUCUUAAUGAAUAAUCAUAAUUUAGAUAAUAUAAUAUAGGUUUAAAAGAAAAUUAUUUCCCAGAAGAAUAUUCAGUUUUUGGUUGGUUUAGACCUAGUCCUAGUCAAUUAAAUAAAUAAUUAAUUGAGGAUAAUGUAAUAAAGGAACAAUAUUAAUUCUAAUAAAUUAUAUUAUAAUUAAGUUCUUGUUUAGAAUAAGAAGAAGAAUAGAGAUAUCGUUUUUAAAUUAUUUUAUCCUAAAAUGGAUAUUAAUUUAUUACAUAUUCUAUAAAUGAAUAAUCACCUGCUAUUUCAUGGAUACAAAAUAUUUUAUUAGAUGCAAAUUUUGGUACUUGGUGCUAUUUCUGGAUGGGUUAUUCUUAGCAUUUAUAAUAAAUUAAUGUUUAUUUCAAAAUAAUAGAUUCAAUUGAAACAAAAGUGUUUAAUUAUAUAUAGCAUCAUCUAGCAAAUAAAUUUAUUUUAAUUAUAAGUUCUUAAAUAUAGGACAAUCAUUUUGAUGGACAUUUAGCUCAAAUAGGAAUGGAUAUUGGAAAGGAAGCUUUUAAGGAUAAAUCUAAUCUACCUGAAUUUGAAUUAAAGUUAAUAUAAAAAGCUUAUUAAUUUAAAGAUUAUGAAGGUGAAUUUGAUAAAUUAAAUAGAGUAAAUUUAAUAGAAGAUAAAAAUGAUCUUAUUGGAUCUACUUAAUAUUCUGUUUAGAUGUGGACAAGAUGGUUAAAUGAAAUAUCUGAUGAUACUUUUCUAGAUUAAAAUAAUGUUUUUAGAUUUUCAAGGAAUAAAUUAUAUGAAAAUUGUGAUUAGAAAGGUGAUAGAACUUUAAUGGUUGUUAUUACUACAAAGUCUUAUGAUUUUAUUACAUAUAAUGUUGUUAAUGAGUAAUGUAGUGAAAGCAAACAAAUAUCAUAUUAAUAAUUAUUCGAAGGCUAAUGGAAUUUAAUUUAUUUUGCUUAUUCUAAUACAUAAGAUUUUAUAGGAGCAAAAGGCUUUGUUUAUUUUUCAAAGACUAGAGAACAUAAAGAUUUAGAAUUUAAUGUUGAGCAUUUACCUUUAACAAGUUAAGCUAUAUUAACCGUAGGUUAAAGAGAAUAUUCAUAUGGAAAAUUUUUUGGAUAAAUGCACGAUAUUUAAGUCAAAAUUGGUUUCGGUUUUGAAAAUGAUAUCACAAAGAUAUUAGAAACUACAACCAUACCAGAUUCUGAAACUAAUUAAUUUAACAAACAUACUUUAAUAUAAGUUGAAAGCAGGAUUGAUCAAUUGACCAAUAAGAAAUUCACAUCGAAACUUAAUUUAGAAAAGUAAUAUUCCUUAUACGGAUGGUUUAAAUAUGAUGGAAUUACAGAAUAUGGCUAAUUUUCUAUUUUAGCAAGACUUAGUACAGAACCUAUAUUAUAAAAAAAGCUUUCUGACCAAACAUUCUUAAUUUUAGUUAAUCAAUAAACAAUAUAAUUUAGAUCCUAUAAUUUAUUACCUCAAUUUAGUACAUGUGAGGAAUCUUUUGAAAUUAUUAAAAACUAUGAUUUUAUCCAACAAGAAAACUAAUCAUGGAUUUUUUUGUAUAUUGGAUAUAAUUUUGAUCUUAAUUAAUUGCAGAUUUAUUUAAAAUAUAAUGAUAAUCUACAGGAUCAUUAAGAAUUACUAUAAAACAUUUAUCAUUAUUUACCCUUGUAAUUUUAUGUGUUUAUAGGGGAAGAUGAUAUAUAUUCAAAAUUUUAAGGUUAGGUAGAUGAUAUCAAUUUAUUAACUGGGUAAUCAAGCUAUGUUGAUUCAAAUAUCUAUUAAUAGCUUGGUUCUCUAAAUUAAAAGUAUAUAGAAAACGUAUUAAAAUGA